AUGGCGACGAUGUCAGUCGCCCAAGCUCAUGCGCAGAAUUACCAACCAACGCAGGCAGAGAUCCAGGCGCUCACGGACGCGACCGCCGGCUUCCACAAUGCGACGCAGUACAGCGUCAUCAAUAGCAUCACGUCGAUCCCCGGAGGUAUCGAACUCGACGUCUCGUUCGCCUAUGGACAAGACACGAGUUCCUUCGAUCCGUUUCCGGGAACCGCUUUCGCGCGGGUCUCAUUACAAGGCUUUCCCGGUGGUCUCGACCUCACCGCCAAUAGCGGUGUCGAGUGGGUUGUCUCGGCUAGCGAACCCGGCGUAACGGCGCAGACCUACCUUCAGACGGCGCCGGAUUGGACCUUUUACGAAGGCUCCCCCUCGCAACCGUUGCUCGGAGAUGGCAGUGCUGAGGGUGUGAUAUUGUCGUUCUCCAGCGCCAAUAAUUUCUCGGGCAUUUUGCCAGCAGGCAUUGUGCACACCGAUGUCGAUGGAAACAUCCUGGCGAACGCCUGGGGACUUCAGUUCGGCAUGUUCGAUCUCAACUCGCAAGUCGGCUUAGGCGAGCCGUUCGACGUGACAAUCCAAAUCACCACGGCGGUUCCCGAGCCAUCGUGCCUCGUGCUCGUCGGCGGCGAAGCCUCACCCCCCCGAGUAUCGCUCUUCUGCCGCGUCUGCCUAUACGGCAACUGCAUUGACUCUCAUCGCUACUGGACGCAGCAGCACAACCUCGUCAGCAAAGGGAAUGGACCCGCUAUGCGAUCGUCACAACAGAAAACGCUCCAGCGUCUCGGCGCGCUACUUGGCUCACUGGUCGCGGCGGGUUCCGCCUCGGCCCAAUUCAUCGAAACACCGCUCGCCACGUGGGAUAUCGGCCCUAGCCAGCCGGGCAAUGUUGACUUCGAUCCGGAACUAGACGCCACCGCCAGUAUUUCGGGCGGCUGGUACCAGCGCGCACAGACUUCGGGGCUCACUUACGGACAGAGCACGACGCCCGGGACCUUUACGCAAGGGACGGGAUCGCUUGAGCUCAACAUCGUCGGCAAGGGGAACGGCGGUUCUUACGACGCAACGAUCAACGGCGCCGCGUUCAAUCUCGACACGCACUACAGUGCUCCCGCCGGCGCCAUCUAUUCCGGCUCCGAUACCCGUGCUGUUGCGUUGCGAGAGGCGAUUCUCAGCGGCGCUCAGGCCUUGUAUACGAUCGAUUUCGACAUCAUCUACGACGUGCAGCAGAUGCGGUCGAUCGCGUGGCAACCACCGGAAGAGACCGUCGACCCGGCGAAUAACGGCCAAUUCCCACAACGAUUCUUCUGGGUGGGCCUGUUGGGUGACACCAGCAACGGUGGUUUUAGGCAGAUCAAUAACGUCCAUACCAUCGAAGUCUUCGACCCGCAGUGGGACAACGAGGACUACGCCGUCGUUAAUGCGUCGGUUCCACUCACCGAUUUCGGCUGGGACUUCGCCGAGGGAACCGCUCUGAACGAGAUCCGACUUGGGAUUCUCUACAAUAGCGUCUUCGGGACAUUGCCCGCGCCGAGUAACACCACGGCGGCGCGGAUCUUCAUCGAUAACUUCCGUUUGGUCGAGCAGGACAUCGCCGGCGUCAUCGACCUGAACAACGAUGGUGAGAUCGACCUCGACGACUUCGACCUCUUCAUGUCGCAGCAUCUCGUAGCGAAUCCGACGCUCGGUGACUUCAACGCUGACGGCGCCAACGACUUCCAAGACUUCUUGCAAUUCGAAGACCUCUACGACACCUUCCACGGCGCCGGCUCGCUGGCCAGCGCGUUGGCGAGCGUCCCCGAGCCCACAACACUCGGCGGCGCCCUGUUGGCGGUGCUCGGGUUGGCGUUGCGUCGCACGCGCCGCGUUCUGCCGGCGAUUGCGGCGGCUGGCGUCGCCGUGGCCUCGACCGCGGGCGUCGCCCAAGCACAGAUGGGUCAGAUCGGGGACACGUGGCUUCUUGAGUCGUGGGAAGACCUCUCGGAUUGGCAAUCGCCAACGUUCUUCGCUGGCAACGGGAACCCCGGGGCCACCGCGCCAUUGAUCGAACAGAGCCCAAUCGGCGCCACCGAAGGCAGCAGCAGCCUGAAGAUCACUCAAUUCGGCGACAAUGGCGUUACACCGGGCCAGUUCAGUUGGAACGCGACGACCAGUGUGAACUGGGGGCCGGGGCAUCCCGCCUAUGACGCUUUGUCCUACGCCACCAACAUCGGCUCCGAGCACUUCGUCGUCAAAGCGGAUGUGACCUUCCGAGGGGUCGAUCUGGGUGAAGCCAACGCGCUGAAUGUCUUCUUCGGUCUCGACUUCAGUGGGCAGCAGGCCGGCGGCUGGUUGUUGGGAGAUCCCGACGGUACGACGACCAUGUCGAUCCCGUUGUCGAAUUUCGGCUUGCUCGAUCCGGCGGACCAAGGGAAUCCUGAUAUCUCUGCGCAGGUUGCCUUCCAAGAUAACACCGACAGCAUCGAUCCGUUUAGCGCGUACAUCGACAAUAUCGUGCUCGAGCAGGUCAGC